CUUGCUGACCCGAUUGUAUAUGAGUAUAUAAAGACCCAGACUUAGGCAUCAGGUUAGGUCAAAACUAGUCAUAACUGAUAUCCCUCCCAUUACUACAACAAUGCCAUCCCACGGAGAGAGAAAUAUGGAGCACGGAAGCGAUGCUUACGCUGCCACCUUCAACCAGGGCCAUCUAGCCCUCCCGCCUAGCCAGAGAUACACCAUCGUUACCUGCAUGGAUGCACGAAUAGACCCAACAAGGGCAUUCGGAAUACCACUCGGAGCCGCCCAUGUCAUCCGCAACGCAGGCGCAUCUGUACGCGACGCCUUCCGAUCAAUCAUCAUCUCACAACAAUUGCUCGGCACAAGGGAGGUGAUGAUUGUCAAGCAUACCGGAUGCGGCAUGCUCACAUUCGACAACCCCACUGCGAAAGCCAUCAUUUCGAAGAAGAGGGGAGAAGUAGCGGCAAGAGAAGUGGAGCACAUGGACUUUCAGCCCUUCCACAACCUGGAGAUCCAGGUCAAGAAGGAUGUACAAUGGCUACGCAUCAAAGCAGUAGAGGAAAACAUUCGCUUCAGUGGCUGGAUAUACGACGUGGAGACGGGGAAGACAAAGCGGAUAGUCUGAUGCUGUUCCCCGAUAGCUCAUGGUGAGCCAGUACGAUAUACCCAGAUGAAUGUAAAAUAGUCUCCUUGUUCUCUUGUAGAUUCUUUUUCGCAUCUGUCUCGGCGAUACCGGCGUUAAUUCUAUUCAUCUUCCCUUUUACCGACUAGCUUCAUGAUUAAUGUCAAGCCUCGCGUGCCGGGACGCCUGGUGUAACGGGUCACUUUUUCAUCCAAACGCCCGGCACGCUCACACAAUAUAUGUAAAUUAGCCGGU